CGUUGCCUCGCUCAUGUGACACAACGUUUAUUUUCCUUGCGGUGCGUGUGCUGAGCAGACGUUGGCAGCGAUUGUACACGGUUGUUCCGUUACGAACGGAAAACUUAUUCUUGCUUUGGUGUUUUUAGCGCGUUGGACCGCGUUUUGUAGGCGUAUUUUGUGAGUGUCGCAUGUGAAUUUUCGAAUUUCGAAAAUUUGAAAGUAAAAUUUGUACUGCAACGAAACGGUUUCAGGCGAAAUAACGGUUGUGUAGCUGAGAAAGUUUGUAUUUUCAAUUGUGUUAAAUAAAGCGAUUUCUAUGCGUAUCUAUCCCCAAAGUCGGUCUAUUUUUCAUAAAAAACAGUUAAAUCUUGUAUACAUAUAUGGUAUACGAAUAAAAACUGAAAAACAAUCUAAUAUUGUUCCCACCUCUCUGCAACUUAAUUAAUAAAGUUUGCCGCAAAAAAGCUAAAAAUAAUAAAAUAAAAUUUUGAUAAUGCAAAAAUAUUGAAACUGUGACGGAAGUUCAAAAUUAAAACCACAAACACACAAACCCGCUAGGCGCAGCGCAACUAAGCGCGAAUAGCCGCAGUUAUAACCGCAGCAUAGCGUAGUAAACAAAAAUUCAAAACAAAACAAAACAAAAAUAAAAGCAACAUCUACUAAAAUUACAGCAACAAAACUAAAUAGUAGCAAAAAAAAAACAACAAAACAGUUACAGUUACUACGGCGCUCCCGCUAACGAUCGCAACCACCGCUUCCCAGCAGCCAUAUAACAACAAUAGCAAUAGAAAGAACAAAAACGAAACAUUAAGUGUAAUCCCAAAAGGCACACGAAAUGGGCUGCAACACCAGUCAAGAGCUGAAGACAAAAGACGGCAAUGCUGGCGGCGCUAAUGGCGAGGGUGAGCUCAACGUUGUCACCACCGCCACCGUCACCGCAACCAGCAAUGGCGAUGUUGGCGCUGUGAGUAUCGGCGAGCAGAAUGGCAAUUUGGUGGAGCAACCGAAGGCGAGCUGUGGCGGUGGCAGCGGUGGCAGCGCUGGCAGUCAAAGCAGAAAGACAGCAUCCGCAGCUACUGCCGUUUCAGCCAACUCCGCAGCCUCGGCAGGUUCGGCGGUCAUGGCGACGUCAAACAAUCUCACAAAUCACUCGAAAUCAAAUUCAAUUAUAAGUAACGGUGAGGCUAAUAAGCGCAGCGCCUCACGCGAUGAGGGUGACGGUGGCAUACUCGAGAAGGCGUUGGCGGCUGUGAAACAGCAAUGCGAUAAAGCGGAAAUAUCCGAGUUCAACGAUAUGAGCGAUUUGGGUGAAUUGGGUGAAUUAGGCGAAGACGAAGCCAAAGCCGCCACUAAAAUCCAAGCCGUUUUUCGAGGACACAAAGUAAGAAACACCAUGAAGAAGAGCGAAACUAAAUCCACCCCCACCGCUAGCGCCAACGCUGCGUCUGCUAACAAAAAUGAUUAUAGCAAAACCGUUGCUGCGUCGGCGGCAGCAGCAGCCGUAGAGCCGGAGCCAACCAAAGCUGAAUUAGAAGCUGAAUUCGAUCCCAAUGACAAAGAACUGUGUGACGCAGCUGCGAAAAUCCAGGCCGCCUUCCGUGGCCAUUUGACACGCAAAGUUGUGACUAAAGACACGCCCGACGAUGUCGACAUACAGGAGAUCACCAAGAAGGUAGCCGAAGAGCUGGAUAUUGAUCUAAGCGAUCCGGAAUUGAAUAAGGCAGCCACCAAAAUUCAAGCCUCAUUCAGAGGCCAUAAAAUUCGCAAGGAAAUAGGAACCGAAUAAGAAAAUCUUGUGCCCAUAUUUUUCUCAUAAAAAAAAACAUUAAAAACCAAAAACAAAACAAACAAUGUUGCAACAGAACAAAUUAAGUAAAGAAAGCAUAAAGCAGUAAUUUUAAAAUAUGGAAAAGAGUAAUUGCUAAAAAUGUUAAGUAAAUACAAUUUGAAUUAUAUAAAAAAUAUAAAUUAAUUAAAGAAAGCAUAAAGACAUAUAGAUAAUGAUACAAAAAAAAAACAAAAUAUCAAGCCAUUAGAGUCAAAGCAUAUGCAACAAGGUUGCCAUACAACUACAAUUGCAUACGCUGUGCGAAAAGCGCAAAGAACAUAAAACACACAAGCUUUUCAACUGCUGAAGGACAAAACGUAAAUAAAUAUAAAUUGUUGAGAAAAUUUUAAUAGCAAAUGAUAAAUGUUAAAUAAAUAUUAACACAAAUUAAAAAUUAAACAAAGCAAAAACUGAUAUUGACACUUUAUAAGGGUUCAAACAAUUGUGCGCAGUGUUGCAUUUUCGCUAAAUUAACGAUGUGAAGAACAAUUAUUUACAAAAAAAAACAAAAAUUGCAAAUAUUUUUAAAUUGAUAGAUUUUGGUGUCAGCAAAAAUAUUUUUGACCUCAGCAGAAACAUUUUUGGCGCAUUUUUUGUUUAGACGCAUAUUUUUUUACUGCACUGUUCUGCGGCAUAGGGGUUUCACAACACAUUCUUUGAGCUUUAUGAUAAGUAACUGAAAUAAAUAUAUAUUUUUUAAUUAACAAAAGGUAGUAAUUAAAAUAAUAAGAUAUAUAUUAAAUAUAGUCUAUGUAUUUUAGCUGAUUUUGCGUUUGUGAAGAGUGCAAAAUCGCAACCAAAGAAAAUAAAAGCUUUGCCAAAUUAUGUAGUUGUUGACAUUAUGUAGUGCUCGGUAUAAGUUUCACUUACUAUUUUGCAGAAAAAAAAACAAAAGAAAUUUUGAAAUUUGUUACAAAAAAAAUAUUUAAAAACAGAAGAAAACAAAAAUUUCGAAAUUUUGAAAAAAAAAUUCGAAAAGUAAAAAAAAAACUUUUGAGAGCGUGUUGCUAUUUUUUAGAGUGCGCUGUACUUAAGCUGUCAAAAUAUCACACACAUUGCUUCGGUUCGAUAUUGGUCGGCUGUUGAGCAUAUUUUAAAGCCUUUUUGGAGAAAUUUUGCCGUUCAAACAUUACUCAAGUCCCCAAAAGAAAUUUGGUUGUUGCUUCAAAAACAUUACAACUCAAUCUAUUUUCUGAAACAACUAAGUGACGUUACAGUUAAUUCAUAUUUUUUGACAGUGGAUAACCGCUUAGAAAAUAUACUUUCUUUAGAAUAAAGUUGGUGAGAGGCAGAUAGGCUUUGCUAAGUGUCUUUAAAAGCAGUUCAAAGAAAAAUGUUUAUAAUUUCUGAAAAAUAAAGAAUCGAAAUCGAAAUUAAAGAACGAAAACAAUCAUCCUUUAACUUGGUUUUGAAGAGAGUUUAAAUCCAAUUUUUUUAAUAGGUUUAUUCAAAUAAAAAACUAAAGAAUAACGCCAAAAAAUAUACAUAUUUAUAAUACAUAUUUCGAAACGAGUUUGGAAAACCUACUUUUCUAAAUGUAAAUUUAAUGAAUUCUAGAAUUGAAAAAGAAUAUUUGCAUGAAAAGAAUCCGAAAACCAAAAAAAAAAGUAAUUAAUUUUUAUAGAAAACUGUCAUCCUUAUUUUGGGUUUGAAAGAUUUUGAAAACCUAUUAUUUACUUUUCAAGCUGUAAGUUUAAUCAAUUCAAGAUUUUAAGAGGUAUCUUUUCAUGAAGGUUUGAAAAACGUUAAAAAUCUAGAUAUUAAGAUCGAAAAGUAUCAGCCUUCAUUUGGAUUUGAAGAUUUUUGAAAAUCUAUAUACUUUUCUAAAUGUAAGCUUAAUCAAUUCAAGUUUUUGAGAAGUUUUUAUUCCAUGUAGAAGUUCAAAAACGCUAAAAAUCUAGACAUUUAAGAACGAAAAUGAUCUUUCAUUAUUUGGAUUUGAAGAGUUUUGAAAACCCACUUUUUUAAAUGUAAAUUUAAACAAUUAAAAAUUUUUAGAUAUAUCUUUCUAUAUAGUUCCGAUAGAAUUAAAGAUUAAGUGUGUUCUAUUUGGAUUUGAAGGGUUUUGAAAUUAUUUUCUAUAUACCAUGGAAGCGUUCAAAAACGCAAAAAAUCGAGUAAUAUAGGUUUGAAAAAUUAGUCCCUUAUGAGGAAACAAAUAGUUUUGAAAACCUGCUCUUCGAAAUGUAAGUUUAAAUAGUUGAAAAUUUUGAGAAGUAUUUUUUAUGAACAGUAUGGACAGUUUCUACACAGGACUUCAAGACGCUUAUAAUUAUUUUAAACUACGUAAAGUAAGUGUACGUUUUCGAACCUCGGCAGUCAUGUAAGAGAAAUUAGCGAAGAGAGCGUACCAGCGGCUCAGAAAGAGUUUUUUAAGGAACCGCUACUACUAAGUCUCCAAAAAAUUUUUAAAAUUUACGAUUUUUAUUAAGUCUAGACCACAUAUUUUCAUCUAACAAUAUAGUUUCCACUGUAAAUUAUUACACCGAACAACUAACUUUUUCUGUUCGAAAAAAAUGGUUUUGAAGGAACGCUUAAUUAUUUUUAUAAUUCAAAACGAUUUAAGCUAAAUAUUGAAAUUUUGGUCGUAGGAAAUAGGCGCUCGUUAUUAUUUUGCGCUCUUUUUAAAAUAACAGUUACACGAUAAAUAUUAUUAAUAACAGUAAUUCAAAUAAAAAUUGGAAAAAAACUGUAUUUUGAACUGCUGAGUGUAGGCAAACCUAAUUUCACACACAAAUAAAGCGCAUAACACAACAACAAAUACCAAAGAGUAAUUAAUAUUUAUAAAGUAAAUAAACAAUGUUUACCAGACUAACAACAACAACAGCAAAAAACUAUUUCAUUACAAAAAAAUUGUACAGGAAAUACAUACAUGCUAACAACCUUGUAUGUACCCUUGUAUGUACUAUGUAAACAAGCAAAGUAAAUAAAAUAAUUAAAAAAUAAAUAAAAAUAAUUGAGAGAGAAAUUCAACUAAAAACCAUGGCACAGCCCAUAUAUUUCACAAAAAAAGUUGUCGAACUAAAAUAAUUAUAAAAAAUUUGAAAAUAUUAAUAUUUAUUUAAAUUUUAAUUGGUAGCUAUAUCACACAAACACACACACACACACAUACAUACACAUGUACAUGCAUUAGCUCGUAGCCCGCUGGACUUUCGGUACGGGUUUCGCUUGAAUUCAUGACACUGUGCUUAGAUAACGGUAAAUUGGCAAAAAAAAAAUUAUUAUAUGUUGCAUAUAUAUGUAUGUAUAUAUAUGCAUGUAUGUAUGUAUGUAUAUGUAUAUACUAUGCAUAUAUGUACCUGCAUUUGUUGUUGUUGCCAGCUAAAGCAUAAAACUACGAUUACUAAGCAAAUAAACAGCGCAAAUGUUUCCGAAUCAAUUACCGUUAUAUCUAUUUACAUUAGCACACCAAUUACGCUAUUACCUACACACACACACACACACACACACCCAUAAUAAAUACAACUAAAUAAUUCAUUAAACAGUUGGCGUCAGCAAUUAACGGCAUGUUAUUUACUUUACACAAAUCAAUUUAUCAUUAUUUAUACAAAUGUAAUUAGCUCUAUUUCUAUCAAUUAAUUCUAUUCAGUAUUUUACACUAAUUAACUGUUACAAAUUUUUUAAUUAAUAACCGUUAGUCGGUGGAAAAAGUUGUAAACUUGAAAUUUUCAAUGCCGCAAUGUAUUUUACUAUAAAAUCAUAAUAAAUAUAAGAAAAUAUUAAAAAAUAUAAAAAACAGUUCUACGCAACAUCACCAAUCAAUACAACAACAACAACCAAAACACAAUUUAAAAAAAAUUUCUACACGCUGCUGCUUCAUUGGUGGCGUCUCCACAAGGCCUCUCUUUACAACCUUCUAAACAGUAUUGCAAUUGAGAAAAGCAACAACAAACUAUUGACACAAAAAUU